UUAUAAACUGACACACGUUGGACACUUCUGAAUUAUUUUGUCGGAUGUCGACAGGGAAAACUUGGGGAGCGAGUUCCAGAUGGACGAUGAAUGAUUAAAUCGAUAUUUAGUUUGCUUCUUAAAAAGUGUUGUUUUCUCCGUUAAUGCUAAUUCCAUAGACCCUCGCAUACUGGACUUUCAUGAGAUGUGUAGGUACAGAGGACAAUUUAAAUAUGUACAUAGAAUUUAAGAUGGUUUUAUACCAAUAAUAGUUUCUUUCUCUUUUCUUUGUGUUCCUUCAGAGUGAGAACCUUCCCUAAGGAUUCAGCCUUGCUGGGCAGGGACACCGUCCGGGCCCUCAUGUACUACGCCUUGAAGGUCUGGAGCGACAUCGCGCCCCUCAACUUCCACGAGGUGGCCGGCAGCGAUGCGGACAUUCAGAUCGACUUCACCAAGGCCGACCACGAUGACGGAUACCCCUUCGAUGGGCCCGGCGGCACCGUGGCACACGCGUUCUUUCCCGGCGAGAGGUUCACAGCCGGAGAUACACACUUUGAUGACGACGAGGCGUGGACCUUCAGAUCACCAGACUCCCACGGGAUGGACCUGUUUGCGGUUGCAGUCCACGAGUUCGGUCACGCCAUUGGCCUGGUCCACACUUCGGCUAUAGAGUCCAUCAUGAGACCGUACUACCAGGGUCCGGUAGGAGACCCUCUGAAGUACGACCUGCCCUAUGAAGACAAGGUCCGCGUGUGGCAGCUCUACGGUGUCAGAGACACGGUGUCGCACACCAAUCGACCGCUGAACCCGUCGCAGACCGCCGAGCCUCCGGUCCUGCUGGACCUUCCUGAGAACAGGUCGACUCUCAUGUUGGCACAGGACACGCCAGACAGAUGCACCAGUCACUUUGAUGCCGUGGCACAAAUACGAGGGGAGGCGUUCUUUUUCAAAGGGAAGUACUUUUGGCGACUCACUCGAGAGAAGCACUUGGUGUCUCUCCGUCCGGCUCAGAUCCACCGUUUCUGGAGAGGCCUUCCACCCAAUCUGGACAGUGUGGACGCUGUGUACGAGCGACCGGGGGACCACAAAAUCGUGUUUUUUAAAGGUCUCAAGUACUGGGUUUUUAAAGACAACAUCGUGGAAGAGGGCUACCCCCGUCCAAUCAGUGACUUUGGUCUGCCCUUGGAAGACAUAGACGCAGCUUUUGUUUGGCUGCACAACGACAAAACCUACUUCUUCAAGGACAACAGCUACUGGCGCUACGACGACCACCUGCGACACAUGGACCUGGGCUACCCUAAGGACAGCUCGCUUUGGAAAGGGCUGCCACCUCAGCUGGACGACGCCAUGAGGUGGUCGGAUGGCUCGUCCUAUUUCUUCAAGGGGAAGGAGUACUGGCGAGUGCCGGGCAGUGGCAUGGAGGUGGAGGCAGGAUACCCCCGCCUCAUCGCUAAGGACUGGCUCCUGUGCGCCGAGAUGCAGUCAGACUCUCCCGACGUAGAGCCCAAAAACACGGACACAAGAGUCAACGUGCACCAUCACCCGGACCACGCGGAGAACGGCUUCGAGGUGUGCUCCUGCACCUCUGACUCCGCCUCUCCCUUGGGCGCCCGCCCCUCACCGUCUCCCGUGUGGCUGCUGCCGCCGCUCUGGACGCUCUUGCUGGCCCUCCACUCUGAACUGCUAUGAUACCAAAGCAUGGGACGGAGAUGUCAUGGGGAGGGCCAGUGGUUACUUCAUACAAACUUUCAAAUUCUGUUCAUAUAAAUAUCAGUUGGUAUGUUUUUUGCUGUUAUUUAUUUCACAUGUCAUCGAAAAGCACCUUGCAGUGUGGGUAGUGCAUACAGUUGUCAUGUCAUUUACUCGGGUAUCCCCGGCGGACGUCAGUACAUUAAAGGUCCAAUAUGUAAGAAUUAGUGAGAUCUCAUGGUGAGACUGCAGACAGGACGCUCACGCCUCCCUUUCACAAACACGUCAGGGAAACUACGGUGGCCUUCACAUACCAGAAAGGAUGGGGCCCUUGCCUAAAGUACACAUAAAAGGCUUUUUUCUACAAAAACUAAAUUAACAAAAACUAAAUUAUUUUUAUUUUAAAGCAGUCGUACACUUAUAUAACAUACAUAUGGGUAGAAUAUUACAUUUCUGCCUCCUAAUUCUUACACACUGGACUUUUAAUACAUUAGAAAUGGAAUGUUGAAAAGAAAGCUAAUGUGCACUUUCAAUACACUUUCAAACAGUGUUCUUAUAGCACCAUGUACAACUAAUGGCAUUGUGGGAUGUAAGCAGACAUUGGUUCAGGGUAUAUUUUGUAUUUUAAAGGAAUAGUUCUGUCUUGCUGGGAGUGUUGGUGAAUCUGUAUGAUAAAUACAAAGCAACAACCAGGAGCUAGUUCGCUUAGACCAACAUAGAUUCUCAUGGUCUCCAGACUCUCGCCACAUCCACACUAUGUUCUCAUUUGAAAACUCCAAGGCGCAGCGUUUUAGUCUGGACCUUUGCAGAUUGUGACGCAGUUUCCUGUGUUCAGCUGUGAACAUAAAAAGCUCCAUUAACACGUAUAUUCAUUCUCAGUUUUACUCAAGAACAGGAACCCUUGCUCCCACUUUACAACAUUAUACUUUCUGAAACUAAGCAAACUGCAGACGAGUAAAUCAGCGUCCUGUGUGCACAUGCUGAGCGUUGCUGAAUGGUCUGGAUACAGAUUAUAUAUAUUUUGUUUUUGUUUGAAAACACACAUUUCAAAUGACGAAUGAAAACAUAGUAUGGAUGUAGUUUUAGGCCCAGGUCAUACUUUCCGAAUCUCCACUUUCACCGUCCACGUAUUUAUGCAAGGCCUAUUUUUGAAGGACAAACAUCAACAACACCUCCCAAUUUGAUUCCAUGCUGACUUGUUUGGUACGUUUGCUCUCUUUACAGUCCUGUCUUCUUCGUUUCUUCUUCGUUUCUUUGCAAUUCUUCGCAUGAGUUUUGUUCAAACUCGUUGAGGAUGCUCAAAAACAUACAAAAGGGGGGGAACUCACUUGAUUGGCAGUGGAAUUUGACACGAGACUGACGCAGACCCUUAUUUAGUAUGAACUACAUCGACACCUGGAUCCACUUGUCGAAAACCCCCCCACCAAAGCUCAGCGUCCUUGGCGUUAGCACUCUCAGGGCCGAUGGACUCGACAGUGUCGCCUCCACCCCGGGGUACAUACCCCACACCACUUUUUUUCUCAGAAUAUUCUGACUUUUGUCUCGUAAAAUGUAGAGUUUUCUUGAACAAUUUUGACUUUUUUGCGACUUUUCUCCUAAUAUUCUGACUUUUUU